UGUCCAGAACCCAGUGGAGUCUUUCAGAGUGAUAAACCCUGACACCAGAAGACCAGCCUUCUCACCUUUGGCGCCGAUGGUGUGGCAGAACUGAAGAGGCGUUUCAAGGAGCCUCUAGAGAGAUCGGGGCGCAACAUGGCUGCAAUCCAGGAUGAGUGGCAGGGGCUGAAAAUCCUGGUCCUACAGUGGCCUCUGGGAGAGCAUGUUGACAAAGGACCCCUACAGGCACCAUUACAAGAACAUACUGGAGUUGGUGCAGCGUAUGCUGGCGCUGCCCAUUUCAGCCGCCCGGCGUGAGAGAGGCUUCUCUGCUCAGAACCGGAUGAAGAAUUCGACAAGAAGCUGCCUUGAGGUCUCCACCAGGGAAGACCUGAUGAGGAUCAGCCUGGAGGUCUCCACCAGGGAAGACCUGAUGAGGAUCAGCCUGGAGGUCUCCACCAGGGAAGACCUGAUGAGGAUCAGCCUGGAGGUCUCCACCAGGGAAGACCUGAUGAGGAUCAGCCUGGAGGUCUCCACCAGGGAAGACCUGAUGAGGAUCAGCCUGGAGGUUUCCACCAGGGAAGUCCUGAUGAGGAUCAGCCUGGAGGUCUCCACCAGGGAAGACCUGAUGAGGAUCAGCCUGGAGGUCUCCACCAGGGAAGACCUGAUGAGGAUCAGCCUUGAGGUCUCCACCAGGGAAGACCUGAUGAGGAUCAGCCUGGAGGUCUCCACCAGGGAAGACCUGAUGAGGAUCAGCCUGGAGGUCUCCACCAGGGAAGACCUGAUGAGGAUCAGCCUGGAGGUCUCCACCAGGGAAGACCUGAUGAGGAUCAGCCUGGAGGGCUCCACCAGGGAAGACCUGAUGAGGAUCAGCCUGGAGGUUUCCACCAGGGAAGUCCUGAUGAGGAUCAGCCUGGAGGUCUCCACCAGGGAAGACCUGAUGAGGAUCAGCCUGGAGGUCUCCACCAGGGAAGACCUGAUGAGGAUCAGCCUUGAGGUCUCCACCAGGGAAGACCUGAUGAGGAUCAGCCUGGAGGUCUCCACCAGGGAAGACCUGAUGAGGAUCAGCCUGGAGGUCUCCACCAGGGAAGACCUGAUGAGGAUCAGCCUGGAGGUCUCCUGUCGAGGAGUUGGAUCCUGCCGUGGACCGCUAGCUGACCUCUAAGCGUGCCAGACGGCUGACCUCUAAGCGUGCCAGAUGGCUGACCUCGAAGCGUGCCAGACGGCUGACCUCUAAGCGGGCUAGACGGCUGACCUCUAAGCGUGCCAGACGGCUGACCUCUAAGCGUGCCAGACGGCUGACCUCUAAGCGUGUCAGAUGGCUGACCUUGAAGCGUGCCAGACGGCCGACCUCUAAGCGUGCCAGACGGCCGACCUCUAAGCGUGCCAGACGGCCAAGAGACAACAGCAGCUGGACAGCUGAUAUCCUUUGGGUCCAGUAGGCACGGGUCAAUGUGUGAUUUUGGUGGUAUGUGCUGUCCCACAGAUAUGUCCCUUAGUACACACGCACACACACAC